GUGAAACUGGCUCCGAGAGGAAAACAGGAGCCGAGGAAAGUUUCUUCGUGUGAACUUUGUGUGAAGAAGAAGAAGAGUUCCUGACCGGAAGCUGGUGGCGAGCGGAGGGGCGCUGACCUCCACCAUGAAGAGCCUGAAGUACCGGCUGAAGAAGCACGAAGUCACCAUCACAAACACAGACUGGAACAAGUAUGAUGAUCGGCUGAUGAAGGCGGUGGAACGGGGCGAAGUGGAUAAGGUGGCUGCUGUUCUCGGGAAGAAGGGCAUCAUCCCCACGAAGCUCGACGUGGAAGGCCGCUCUGCGUUUCAUUUGGCUGCGACACGAGGACACCAAGACUGUCUCAAUCUCAUCCUGGGACACAACGUUGAUGUCACUGCGACUGAUGCCACAGGUAAAAAUGCUCUUCAUCUGGCUUCAAGAAACGGACACUCGGUGUGUGUGCAGAAGCUCCUGCAGAACAACAGUCCAGUUGGAAAUGUGGACCUACAAGGAAGGACAGCUCUACACGAUGCUGUCAUGGCCGGCUGCUCAUCCAGCGUGAAACUUCUCUGUGACAGCGGAGCAUCUGUGAAUGCCACUGAUUUUGAUGGCAGGACACCUUUGGUGCUGGCAACCCAGAUGUGUCAUUCACGCAUCUGUCACCUGCUGCUGGAGCGAGGGGCUGACAUCACCAUACGGGACAAGCAAAACAAGACGGCGCUGAUUCUGGGCUGUGAGUACGGCUGCAAGGACGCGGUGGAGGUGUUGCUGAAAAGCGGCGCUGACGUGAAGGUGGUCGACGGCCUGGGUCACGACACGUUUCACUACGCACGCCUCAGCAAGAACCAGGAGCUCGUUACAAUGGUCAAAAGUUACUACGACAAAGUCACCCGAGAUAAAGAAUCUGCAAAGAUGGAACAGUGGAAGCGACAGCACUCAGUGGAGCGAUCAGAGGCUUCCGAGGUUAACAGGAGGGAUCAGAUCAUACACGACCUUGAGAAACAGAACAGCACCCUGCAGGAAAGUCUGAGGAAGUACCACCAGGAGCAGAGGACCCUGUUAGAUAAGGUCAACGUACUUCAGCAACAGCUCUCACAGGAAAAAAUUUCAUCUGAAGACACUCAAAAGGAGAAGGAUCACUUGAAAGUGUUGCUCAGUGCCAAAGAUCGAGAGGAAGGGGCUCGAGGCCCGGAGACUGUCAAAGUCCAGCUUCGGAGUACUAUGGGGGACUACUCUGGCCAGUCGGUUAUCAAAGGCAAAGAAAACAUUUUGCUCAAACAAACUCACAGCUUGGAUUCUGAUCAGUUGCUCCAGCAUCCGGCCAUGUCGCGUUCACUGUCCAGACCCGGAGAGAAGAGUCCACCAGCUGUAGGAUGGGACCUCUCUGGUGAACUGGAUUCGCUCCGACAUGAACUUGAGACGGUCAAAAGAAGACAACAUGCGGCAGAGGAAGAGACGGCGCGGCUUCAAUCCGCCCUGAACCGUAAAAACCGAGAGUGCCAAGAGCUGGUUCAAAACCGAGACGCCAUCCAGAGGCAGGCUGACCAGCAGAUCCAAGAACUGGAGGACGCCUUGGGAGACGUCCAGAAGAGGAUGCUGGACUCUGAGUGUAAGGUCAAACAGCUCCAAGCCCACGUAGUCGCUGUCAAGGAACACAUGGGCGGCCAGGCCACAGAAGAACUGCGGGUCCAGCUGCAGGAUGUCAAAGCCAAGUAUGAAGGUGCUUCAGCGGAAGUGGGUCGCGUUCGUAACCGACUGAAACAGAGCGAGAAAGCCUUGGAGGAGUACAAGACCAGCGAGAACCAGUUAGCAACCGAGGCAGAGAGUCUGAACCAGGAGGUGGGAGUUCUGACUGCAGAGCGAGAAGAACUUGCCGAGGCCCUUGUAGAAAUGGAAACCAAGUUGAAGGAGAGCCAGAUUAAACAUGGCAACACCGUACCAGCUGAGAAAUUUGACAACAUGAAAAACCUGCUGACCAAUGCUGUGGAUGAGAAGGAACGACAGCUCGCUGAGCUCAGGGAAGACUACGACCGGGUGCUGGAGGAAGUGGCAGAUCUCCAUCGAAAACUGGACAGUCCCUCAUCCCAGGGAGGAUCAGGAGGGAUGUCCGCCGAGGAGCAACAGAGGAUACGAGCGGCUCUCGAAGAGCAAAAUGCUUCACUGAAAAGAAAACUGGUGGAUGUGACCGGCAAAAGCCAGGCCCUAAUUCAAGAGGUGGAGGAGAGUGAGGAGGAAAGAGACAUCCUACGAGAACAGCUUGAUGAGCUCAACAGCAGGAUCGAAAUGUACUUCAUACCUGUAAAGGAUCACGAAGAAGCCCGGAGGAACAUGGUCACAGCUCUGGAGGAGCUGGAAGACAAACUAGUAGAAGCAAGUGAACGUUACGGAAAAGCAGAGGGACAAGUCCAGCAGCUUCAGAGCGAGAGAGCCACCCUGCAAGAGAACAUCAGGAGUUUCCAAACUGCCAGAGAGAAAAACCAGAGUGAAACGGACGGUUUGAAGUGUCAGAAUGCCGAUCUGACGAAGAGACAUGAACUGCUACAGAAGAAAUGUGAAGACCGAGAUAAAGAGUGCGUACAGCUGAGCACACAGAGCCAGACUCUGAAGCAGAGCCUGGAGGGGGAGUAUAUUUCCAGACAACAGCACGAGCAAGUGAAGAUGGAUUUAAGUUCCACCUUAGAAAGUGUUAAAGCUGAGAUGUUGAAGUUAGAGACCAAGGCAAAAGAAAGUGCGGAAGAAUUUAAGUGUUCGGAAGAAGGAAAUAAAAAGUUGAAAGAUGAGUUGGAAAAGGUUCUGUUUGACGUGAAACAGAAUUAUAUGAGCAUAAAAGACUACAGAGCGUCCGCAGACCAUCUGAACGCUGCUGUGGUUGAGGCUGAGAAUAAAGCAAAAGAAGUGUCAGAUAUGUAUGUGUUGGCGCAGGAGGAAACGGUAAAGCUUACCCAAGAGUUAGAGGCCCAGAAGAAAGAACUUGAUACCAUCCAGGAGGCAAUUCAGUCCAAGUUCAUUCCGCUGACAGCAGCUGAGGAGAAAGAACACUCCCACAGCGCCCAGGUGAAGGAGCUGCAUGCCAAGCUCAUGGGAAUGGAAGAGAAGUACAACAGAGAACGAUCUGCUGGAGAGGGCAGCAAGCAGGAGAAAGAGAAACUAAAGCUUGAGAUUGAAUCUGUUCAGCAGAGACUGGACACGGCAUUAGUUACUGGAGAAAAGCACAAGGAAGUGGAGGAAGGGUUGGUGGGUAAAUUUGAGGAACUGACUCAGAAGUUGGUCAGAUUAGAGCAGCAGCACGAGGAGGUCACACGUCAGAAAGCCGAUCUCCAAGACCAGAACGCUCUCUGCAACUCUCAGGUCCAGAACCUCCAGGAGCGUCUGAAAGCAGAGUUGACCCGGAUAUCAACGUACGACUUGGAGCUCAAAGCCCUGAACGACGCCAUGCAGCAAGCCCAGGCCGACUGCAAGAAGGCAAGAGAGACUCGGCAGGAGGAGGCCCAGAGGGUCGGCGCCCUACAGAGAGAGCUGCAGGAGCUCCGUGGGGAUCAGGCGUCUCGGCUACAACAACAGACCAAGGGAGAGGAGGCCAUGGAGGCUGAAGUCGCUCGGCUACAAAUGGCUCUGCGUGAGGAGGAGGAGAACACCGCCCAGAGGGCCGAAGAUGUGUCCGCCCUGCAAUCCGAGCUCCUGCAGGCCACACAGGCUCUGGAGGAGAUCCGCUACAAGGAAGACCAAAUGAACCAGCUGAAGAAAGAGAAGCAGCAGCUGGAGGAGGAGGCGGCCAACCUCAGCAACAAGCUACUGAGCCUAGCGGAGGAGUGUGAGGAGGCCCAUCAGGAGGCGGCAGGAGCACGGGAGGGCGAGAGCAAGGCCAGGGGGGAGAGGGAGGCUCUCCAGGAGAAGGAACGUGCCAUCGAGAGAGAAAUCCGAGAGCUGAAGGAGAGAUACGACGAGUCGCUGAGCACCAUCAGUGACCUUCAGAGGAGGUCAGCUCAGCAGACUGACGCUAAAGACAAGAAGAUCACAGAGUUGCUGACGGACGUGGAGCGGUUGAAGCAGGCGCUGAACGGUCUCUCCCAGCUGGCGUACACCAGCAACGCUCCCAAUAAGAGGCAGGCGCAGCAGAUGGACACACUCCACGGCCAGAUCAAGAUCCUACAGCAGCAGCUGGCUGAUGCUGAGACGCAACACAGGGAGGUGGUUUCAAUUUAUCGAACUCAUCUCCUCAGUGCAGCGCAGGGUCACAUGGAUGAGGACGUCCAGGCCGCCUUACUGCAGAUCAUCCGCAUGAGGCAGGAGUUUGUGUGUUGAACCUUCCUCCGACAAAACACCAUGCUACCGACGACUCGGAUUCAUCAUUUUCCCAGAGUCCCUUGCU